GCAGGUGCGAUUGAAGCUGCCGUUGCGGGAGUGCCCCACUUCCAGACCAAGUCUCGCUCGCCGGGAGUGAGGCCCUGGGAGUGGAUCCGCUGGCGAGUUGAUGCAUGCGCACGCGCCGCAUCUGCCACCGGACUGGACCCGAAUAGGUGCGAGGCCUUGCGAAAUAUCGGCGCUGCCCUCCUGGAGCCCUACAGGUUGGAGUUCGAGAGGGUGGAGAAGCAGCAUGUCGAGGCCCUGCGGCUGCAUCAACAGCAACAGCAGCAGCUCGCCGAGGAAGCAGCCAGGAAGGCAGAGCAGAGACUUGGCUGCCUGUGCUGCUACGCUUCGGACUGCUCCGCCGGAUAUGGACUAAGGCAUGCCGCUGAGAUGCAGCAGAAGUUGCAGCGAGUGGAGGUGCCAAGGGCUAGGCACAAAGGGGCAAAAGCGGAAUUUCGAGAGCACGCACCUGUGGCACCGAUGCAGCGUUCUGGACAUUCCCCUAGUUUGCCAUAG